AUGACCAACAAAGCGCGUACGUCCACUGACAAAUCCCUUUUCGAAAUUGGUUCCUGCGCGACUGAACGUGUUUCACCUGCAAUUAUGAAGGUCGGCACAGUUGGGUCAUGCCUAUGGUGGUCCAGCGACGGGAGAGCCAUCGCACCGGUUGAUUUUUUUGCACCUCGAGUCUCGAGGCCGGUUGAAGCUACUAAGGUAGGUACAGUUGCUGCGUUUGAUCUAGAUCAGACCUUAAUUGUGCCUAAAUCAGGCCAAACGUGGCCAAUGGAUGGUAACGACUGGAAAUGGUUGACAGCAGACGUAGUGACCAAAAUUCGAAAGGAAGCCGAGACGCAUCACAUUGUGAUUUUCACAAACCAAGGCGGAACAUUGUUGAAGGGCAAGAGAUACGAGCAAUUAAUUCAAAAAAUGCCCAAUAUUAUCAAAGAGCUGGCCGUUCCUAUUCAUAUAUAUGCUGCAACUAAAGAGGAGGGCUCGAUUUACCGCAAGCCAGAAGUUGGCAUGUGGGAGCUCAUGGAGAAACAACUGGUACGCGAGGGCAUUAUCGUUGAUAAAAAGGGCUCAUUCUACGUCGGCGAUGCUGCUGGACGGCCCAGCGAUCAUAGCAGCAGCGACCUGGAGUUUGCCAAUAACCUGGACAUAGCGUUCAAGACCCCGGAGCAGUGGCUAGAAACAGACAUUAAUUAA